AUGGAUAAUGUUGACGAGAGAAAUGGUUAUGGUGACCGUGGUGGUGAUAAUGGAGGCAGUAGCGAUGGUGACUGUGGUGAUGAUGGUGGGGGCAGUAGUGAUGGUGACCGUGGUGAUGAUGAUGGAGGCAGUAGUGACGGUGGCCGUGGUGAUGAUGAUGGAGGCAGUAGUAACGGUGGCCGUGGUGAUGAUGAUGGAGGCAGUAGUGAUGUUGACCGUGGUGAUGAUAAUGGAGGCAGUAGCGAUGGUGGCCGUGGUGAUGAUGAUGGAGGCAGUACUGACGGUGACCGUGGUGAUGAUGAUGAUGGAGGCAGUAGUGAUUGUGGACGUGGUGAUGAUGAUAGUGAAGGCAGUAGCGAUGGUGGCAAUGAUGGUGCUGUGAACGAAAGACAUGAAAGGAGGUAUCUUCAUGGAUGUAGUUUAAAUCAACGUCUGGACUACGUUGACACCUUUAGGCUCCACCAUGCUAUGGGCAUUGCCCAUGCCCGGUCAAGAACGUCCUUUGCACAACAUCACCGCAUCCACCCGAGGACAUUCGGAAGGUGGCUAGAUUAA